UUCACCAUGGCGUCCAAACAAGGCCAAGGACAGCAGAUCCAGCUAGACGCACUCCCCGUCGCCCAACUCCAAGAAAUCAAAACUCAACUCGACCGCGAGCUCGAACAUCUCUCCAAUUCGUUCCAAUCGCUGCGAACCGCCCAAUCGAAGUUCCGUGACUGUCUCAGCUCUAUUAAGAACGGUAUCAACGAGUCCGUCUCCGGCAAGCCGCUGCUCGUGCCUCUCACGUCUUCGUUAUACGUCCCUGGCCGUCUUACGUCUACGGACCACGUCCUGGUGGAUGUGGGCACCGGGUUCUUCGUCGAGAAGAACGCCGAAGAUGCGACGGAUUUCUAUAACAGGAAGGUCAAGGACCUCGGGGAAAGCUUGAAGGAUCUUGAGGGCGUCAUUCAGGGCAAGGCACAAAAUGUUCGCGUCGUGGAAGAGGUGAUGAGGGUCAAGGUGUUGACUGCACAGCAACAGGAAGAGAAGAAGGGCUGAGAAGUCUCGCGGAAUCGAGAAACGCAUUUAGGGCGCGAUAAACGUCCGCUCAAGCGACACCAAAGCGUGACCCGUGAACCCACUGAUAGAAGGCGUUGUUCACAAAGACAAUAUCGGUCUAUCAAAAUAGCCAAAACCAAAAAGAGCACGGAGACGCUCUCAAUAAUGUCGAAAUACACAAAAGCGUUCGCCUCACUGCAUAUAGCAUACGAAUAGCAAUCUGAUUGAGUCACAUCAAGCAUAUAUUGUGAGAGUUAUUCCUAUCUACCACCCAAUAAAAGCAUG